GGAAGGAACCGCGUCUUUGUGGAGAGUUUCGAACACGGCCACACUAUCUCUCUGUUCCGUGCCGUGAUUUUUCCUUUUACGCACCCGAUGCAGUGACACGAAUGCCGGCCGUGGCGCGGUAUCAGUCCCAGUUCGAACGUCUCGCGGGCCGUGGUAAAGUGGCCAACGCGCCGGGCACACGAUGGAUCCCAAAUUCGUUCGAUUCAUUCAAUUCAACGGCUACCUCGUAGCGACCGUGAUUUGCUAUCACACGUUCGUGCAAGCCUUCGGAUUGCCACCCCGGCUCCAGCAGUGGUACCAGUGCCCCGGCGGACAAAGUUGGUUCGGGCGUGAUCAUCCCGUCGUCGAUGGGGUGCUGUUGUUGGGUUGGAUCACCGCCGUAGCUUCGCUCUAUCAGGCACUCAAACUGGAAGUGGCAGCGAUGCUGUGCCCAAUCGGUUACUUGCUGUCGCUAGAAGUGGCGCUCGUGGUGGUGCAGGACACGGUCAGCACUUGGAACGAUGAUGCCGAGGAGCGCUAUCUACGCAACGCGCAGGACGUUCUCGCUUGGUCCGCAUUUCUGCUGUACUUCUACUACACACUGUACACACUGAAGCACCUCUUCCGGCGGCAGGAUCAUCGGCAGCCUGCCCUACAAUCAAUCGAAACACUGGCAUCAUCGUUGGAGGGGAAACCCUGCCAUUCGCUGAUGCCAGCCGUCUAGCUCUCUGCAUUAUGUUGCCAAAAACGGCGACCUUCCCGACGGCUAAAGACGGGUCCAUUACUGGCUGGUGACCUUGUAUCAGUGCUGCCCCGCCGGGUCCAUCCGCCCGCCUCACGCGCACACGUUAGAUAAUGAUGAUGUAAAAUCGAUAGAUAAGUGAGCGAAGGCCAAAGUGAAGUGUGCGCCAUUGAAGAAGUUCAAAUUCGCCGUGCCAUCGCGUCAGCCCCUUUAUCGCUCUGGGGUCCCGCGAUGUUUGUCAAUCAUGUUUGGAUACACCUCAGUGUCCUGUUCUUUGCCGCGGGGUUGACAGGUGAUUGACUUUAAUGUGUCAAGGUGUCAAAUGCCGUGGGUGCGCGCAAUUUUUGCCGAAUUUUUAUACCUUAUUUGCCGCCGAUCCACCGACGGGCAGGACAAAUGGAUGGCGGAUGACUUCACGCGGUCGGUGAGAUGCGCUACUUAAUUGACCGGGGUUUGGGUGCUUAAGAGGACCGGUUUUUUUCAGGGUCAAAUACUUUAACUCGAAUAAAUAGUCGUCGUAAGUUUUUAACAAAAGAUAAACACAG